GACAGUGAAACUAGAAAUGGGCUUAGGCCCAAAUUUAUGUGGUCAAUCCUCCUGAGGCAGGUGAUGAUAGUGAGCUAGCUCCCUCGUGUGUCCCUCUUUGGCUCUUCUUAUUCUUCAAUCAAAUCAAAUCCAGGCGUUCGUUCGUCUCUCGUUUUGUCAAAGUCGUCGAAAAUGCUGGCUAGGCUCGCUGCGAAGCGUCUUCUCGAGAUCCGCCAAGCUUUCCGCCAACCUCCCACUCAGGCGUAUCGAAGCUUCUCGACAGCCUUGAACUACCACCUGGAUUCUCCUGACAACAAACCGGAUCUUCCAUGGGAGUUCUCUGAGGCUAACAAAUCUAAGGUUAAGGAGAUACUCUCUUACUAUCCAUCAAACUACAAGCAGUCUGCUGUGAUUCCCCUUCUGGAUCUCGCCCAACAACAGCAUGGAGGCUGGCUCCCUGUUUCAGCUAUGAAUGCCGUUGCUAAAGUUAUAGAAGUGGCUCCUAUUCGUGUUUAUGAGGUUGCAACAUUUUACUCCAUGUUCAACAGGGCAAAGGUCGGAAAGUACCACCUCCUAGUUUGUGGCACAACACCUUGCAUGAUCCGUGGUUCACGAGAUAUCGAAUCAGCUUUGCUAGACCAUUUGGGAGUGAAGCGCGGUGAAGUCACAAAGGAUGGUUUGUUCUCUGUUGGAGAGAUGGAAUGCAUGGGAUGCUGUGUCAAUGCGCCCAUGAUCACUGUGGCAGAUUACUCCAAUGGAUCAGAAGGAUAUACAUAUAACUAUUUCGAAGAUGUUACACCUGAGAAAGUUGUAGAGAUUGUUGAGAAGCUGAGAAAGGGAGAGAAGCCACCGCAUGGAACUCAAAACCCAAAGAGGAUCAAGUGCGGACCUGAAGGGGGAAACAAGACAUUGCUUGGGGAGCCAAAGCCACCACAAUUCCGUGAUCUUGACGCUUGCUAAGCUUAAGUUCUUUUAAGCCGACAAUUUUUAUGUGGUUCAAUAACGCUAAAGGCCAUAAUGAAUGUUUGAAGCCUAUAGCAUCAAACUGAGUUUGCUUACUCUUUGUAGUCUGUCUUCUUGGUUUUGGAGGUUAAACCCCAUUUUAAAACAAAUGACCAAAAGGAGUUCUCUUUUGUUAUCAUCUCACUUCCAAGAUUCCAAGGUUUGUGGUGAAAUUAAAAUUGUUGUAAUAAAGACUUGUAAGUGUUUCUAUUUUCUUGAUUUA